AUGCGGGUCGGUGUGUUCAGGUUGCAAACCCAUCAGUGGUGUUUCCUGUUCUGUAAUGUUGUGCUGUUCCACGCACUGUUGUUUGGUGGUGACAUCGUGGAAGAGUUCCUGCUCCAGUCUUCUCCAGCCGCUUAUACUGACCAUGCUGUACUCGAGCUGCGCGAGCGUGCACGCAAACUGGAUCUGAGUGAUACCAUGCCCAACUCCUCACAAAUUUACCCGAUUAACACCAAGCCCUGCCUUCAUCACCAAGACCUCCUUUUUCUCACUAUUGUGCUUAGUGACCCUAAUAAUGCCAGCCAAAGAGAGUCAAUCAGAAGCACAUGGGCCAAUCAGACAUUGGUGCAGAAUGUGGCAGUACGGACACUGUUCUUUCUAAGCCCUUCCUCCUUAGAGACAGCGCGCCAGGUGGUGUGCGAAGAGUCUGUUCGACAUGGUGACAUUGUACAGUGUGAAGGGCCUUUGUCACGAGAUCACUGGGGUCAGGUCAAACUAGCUCUGCGUUGGGUUCUGCUUUUCUGUCCUCAAGCUCGAUUUGUUGUUUUGACAGAGGAUUCAGUUUUCUUGAAUGUUCCAGCACUUGGCACCUACUUACUUACUCUCCGUACACAUCCUGAAGAUCUGUAUCUGGGCAGGGUCAUUCAUCACACCUCACCCGAAAGAAAUUAUAACAAACCACACUAUGUCUCUUUCCACCUCUAUCCAGACAGGUCUUUUCCCGAUUACUGCUCUGGCCCUGCCUUCCUGAUGUCACAGGACGUAGUGCGUAAAGUUUAUGUCGCUUCUAAGAAUGUAGCUUUGGCCCUCCCAUCAGAUGUCUUGAUUGGUCUGUGUGCAAGAGCAGCUGGCGUUGUGGCUACUCAUAGUGCACGCUUUUCUGGAGAACGACAUGUGCGCUACAAUCCCUGCUGCUAUAACUUUCUGUUCAGCUCAGCCUCUGUGGAUGCAGAGCUGAUGAUCAUGGCCUGGAAGGAUUUGGGAAAGGGAAGAGGGCGGCACUGCAGCAUGUUCGAAACAUAUUAUAGUUUAGUAAUGUGCAAAGCCAUGACUUAUCUAAACAAUGUUAACUUUUUUAGUGGAAAUAAUACAAAACAAUAA